UGAAAGAUUUAACAGAAAAAAAACAAAUUAUAUAUUUAUUUUAAACUAUAAUUAAGUAUAGAAAGUGAGAGAGAGAGAGAUAAUUAAUUAAUUAAUUAAUAAUAAAUAAUAAUAAUGUUAUCUAGUACAAUUACUAGUAGAUUAGUGAUUGUAUUUAUACUAGCUAGUUUUACAUCGAUAAUUGUUCAUGCUAAUCUAAUAAUAUCGCAAACUGCUGAUCCAGCUAAUCAACUAGCUAAACACCCAACUAUAGACCCACUAACAACACCCACACCCACUCCUACACCUACACACCCACCAACAACAAACAAUGAUAGCAAACAUAGGCAACACAUUGAACAUAGAUUACGUGUUAAACACGUAUUGUGUUCAACAGUUGACAAUAAAAUCAAUACCACUGUAAUCAAUGAUUUCAAUAAAUGUAAGCAAAUAUUGGAUGAAAAUAAUAAAGAAAAUUUGCCGAUAAUUACCGAUUUUAUUAAAAAAGUAAAACAAUUUAACUAUGAAUGCGCUAAUGAUAACAAUGAUGUCAAUCAAAAUACAACUGUCAAACACGUAUUAAAUACCUAUAGUAUAGGCAAUCGUGUUGACCUCAAUGACACCCAUGUCAAGGCGGCCAUAUUGAAUUUUUGUUCCGAUACGUUUACCCAGUGUAAUCAAUUAAAAGUUAAACAAUAUUUUCAAGCUAAUCCCAAACUAGUAGCUGAAUUUAGUAGCGAUAAUGUUAAAAAAAAUUUAAUUAAUCUAACAUCAUCGGAUCAAUUUUAUGCAUGUGAGUUAAAGGCAUUGGGUAUCGGACAACAACAACACUAGACCUACACACACUCACACACACACACACACACACACACACCAAACACACAACAAUUACCAAUAAUAUUAUUAUAAUAAUAACAAUUUAAAUAACUAA